ACUCUCUCUCUCUCUGUUUACUACACAAUGGCUCACUUCCUAGACCUUAACACUCUCACCAUCAAUUCACCGUCCAUUCCCAAACUACUUGAGAUCCAGAAAACCAGAAUAUCCAGCGGGUUUGUUUGCAGGAAAGCCGACAAUGUUCAGGAACAGGAUUCAGUACAGCUCACAAGACGGAUGGCAUUGGGAUUUCCUGUCUCCAUAGCUCUCACUGGAGCUUUCGGCGAGAGCAAUGUCUCUUUGGCACAAGAAAACAAUGGUUUUUGGAUCGAUGGUCCUCUUCCUACUCCUCCUAUUUACAACAAUAUAGUGAACGAGAAGACAGGAACAAGAACGUUCUUGAAGAAAGGAGUGUAUGUAGCUGACAUCGGGGCCAAAGGCAGAACCUAUAGAGUUAAAAAGUAUGCUUUCGAUCUCUUGGCUAUGGAGGAUUUGAUCGGCCCUGACACUUUGAACUAUGUGAAAAAGUACUUGAGGCUUAAAUCCACCUUCUUGUUCUACGAUUUCGACAACCUCAUCUCUGUUGCUGCCUCUCAAGACAAGCAACCUCUCACUGAUUUGGCCAACAGACUCUUCGACAACUUCGAAAAGCUUGAAGAUGCAGCUAAAAGGAAGAACUUAGCUGAGACUGAAGCGUGUUAUAAAGAUACAAAGUCGAUUCUUCAAGAGGUUAUGAUCAGAAUGGCGUGAAGAGGAGGCCAGUCUGGGUUCUAAUAAACACCGUUUUACUCCCUCGCUGUUGAAGAGCUCUGAUUCAUUUGUUCAUAACUCACUGGUCAUGUAAUGUUAAUGUACAAGAGGGGACCCCCUAUAUAUUAUAUUUUCUUCUACGCGUAUGUGUUACUGUUUAGCAGGUUUCACUAAUUCAAGUGUAUCAACAACUUCAAAAUUGCUUAAGAUUGUGGAAAAGAAGAAGAAGAAGAAGAAUGAUAUACUACUGUUGUUAUUAAAAAGAACUGAUAUUGAUAAAUUAGUAGUAUCAUUA